CGAAACAAAAAACAGGAAACCGCAGAGAUGGACUCGCCACCAAUGUUCAACAGCGUCGAAGAUGAGUGCAGAUACUGGAAAGAGCGCUCCAAGCAGUACCACAAAGAGUGGACAGACGUGAAACAGGAGUACGACGAGUUCGUGGAGCAGUCGCGGGAGAUGGAAAUCGAAAUGGACGCCACUCUGGAACAGAAGCAGAGCGUAAUCAAAGAUCUCACAUCCAAGCUCACCAUGUUGGAGCGCGAAAACGAGUCCCUCAAGCUAAAGCUGGACUCGCAUGCCAUUGAAAUGUCCAACAUGGAGAAGCAACUGGAGGCAGUAAAGAAGGAGCGAGACACCAUGAAGGUGUAUCUGAGGCAGCUAGAGCAGAAAAACGAUGACCUGGAGCGGGCGCACCGCAUCCUGAACGAAAGCAUAGAGAACUUCGAGAAAAUGCUGGACCAGGCCUACGAGAAGAAUGCUCUGCUGGAGCUGGAGGUGGAUGAGAAGGGGCUGCUGCAGGAGAAGCUGCAGCGGCUAAUGGAUGAGACGAGAGAUCUCAAGCAGGAGCUUAACGUCAAGACACGCUAUGUCACGCCGACGGUGAACGGAACGGGCGCCACCAACUCGAUGAACAGCUCCAUGAACUCGUCCACCUCGCUGCCGAACGGCAUCGUGGCCAAUGGGGAGCUGGCGAAUCACGAUAACACGGUCGCCACCAAUGCCACCAGCGUCAGCGUGAGCGCCCUCAAUGGCAGUUUAGUUAAUAGAAACGAAUAUAACCAGCAGCACUCGCUUAAAAGCCAUGGAGACGAAACUGAAGACUUACCGGGAGAACAGACCAAUGCCGCAGCGUCAUCGCUCCUCCAAGGAGUAAACCCAUCUGGCAAUGGGAGGCCGAGUAAAUGGGGUCACCUCGUCAUCGUCGCCAUCCUCAUCACCUCCCUGGGGCGGGAUUACUGUUCAGUUGGCUCUGCGUUAGCGAUACGUUUCUUUAAUGUUACUGCUUAGCGUUAAUUUAACUCUCGCUGCCUCUUUAUUUAUUUUUGACUUAACUUGACUUUGUAUAAACCGUUUUGCGAUAUUAUAAAUUACACACAACAGUGGAUGUUGCCGUUUCCGAACCCAACAUGUAACACAUGCCUUAGUACGAAUUAAGAGUAUAAUCCUAAGCUAAGUCCCCCCACACUCGGUUCAACCCUUUUGAUUUGAUUCGAAAAGCGACGAUUAACUGACAUUAGAAGUGUGCUUAGAGAGUAAGAUCAAAGAGCCCCGCAACCGAAGAUGCUGUGUCCAAGUAUUAUACUUCAAGCGGACAACCAAUACUCGUAGCGUUUAGGAAAAAGACAAGAAAGCUAUCUAACCCGAAAUCACCACCCGAUCACCUAGUUGUAUCGAUAGCUAUUUUCUGUUUAUAUUUACGACCGAAUAUAAAUUUGUAAAAAUGCGAAAUUGUUAACUGCAAAUAUGUGUAUAAAGCAUAACAAAAAAACAAAACAAAACAAAACUCCAACGAACAGGCAAAAAUAUCUAUAUAUGAAUAAAGAGAAACAUAAUUAGUUUAAUAGAAA